AUGGCUUCCCACACCAAGCGUGCCGACUUCGAGGCCCUGUUUCCCUCGCUGGUUCAGGAGAUUCUGGGCCAUGCGAAGCGAUACAACCUCCCACCCAAUGGCCUCGAAUGGCUUGAAAGGUCUCUCAAUGUGAACACCUUGGGUGGAAAGCUCAACCGCGGCCUUUCAGUCCCCGAUACCGGGAUUGUCCUUUUAGAGAGCUCUCCGACCAACGAGCAGAUUCGGCAUUUGAGCAUCCUCGGAUGGCUUACCGAGCUACUCCAGGCUUUCUUUCUGGUCGGCGACGAUAUAAUGGAUAGCUCUACCACUCGCCGUGGCCAGCCCUGUUGGUACCGCCAAAAUGGUGUCGGUCUGAUUGCAAUUAACGAUGCUUUUAUGUUGGAAUCGGCCAUUUACCUUAUUCUGAAACAGCAUUUUCGUUCGCAUCCGUCCUAUGUCGAAAUCGUUGAGCUUUUUCAUGAAGUUACCUGGCAAACUGAGCUAGGGCAAUUAUACGAUCAAAUUAGUGCACCAGUCUCUGAGGAUCAAGUGGAUCUUGACAACUUUUCGAUGGAGAAGUAUCUGUUUAUUGUCACGUACAAGACAGCAUACUAUAGCUUCUAUCUACCUGUUGCUCUAGCUCUGCACUAUCUCCAGCUGAGUACUGAGGAGAAUCUCAAACAAGCACACGACAUAUUGAUUCCUCUCGGACAGUACUUUCAAAUCCAGGACGACUACCUCGAUAACUUCGGCGACCCAGAGAUCAUCGGCAAAGUUGGAUCUGACAUACAAGAUAACAAGUGCUCUUGGUUAAUCAACCAAGCGCUCCAGCGGUGCACUCCAGAGCAGCGUGAAAUACUAAAUACUGCAUAUGGCCGCAAGGAUAAGGCGCAGGAAGCCAGGGUGAAGGCGGUCUUCAGGGACCUCAAGCUGGAGGAAUUGUUCAAAGAGUAUGAAGAGCAGGUGGUUGGGGAUUUGCGUGUCCAGAUUGCUGCAGUUGAUGAAACCAAGGGGUUGAAGAAGGAAGUCUUCGAGACCUUCCUCGCCAAAGUCUUCAAGCGAAGUAAAUAG